AUGUAGUGAACCGUUAUCCUAUCAUUAAAGAUAGGUAUCUAAAACGAACAGUACCUAUGGAUGGAAUUUAUCGGAUCGAGCGUCGCAAAGCUUGCGAUGUAUGCUACCAUAAGAAAAUAAAAUGUAAUAUGGCGAAGCCUUCGUGCUCCAAUUGCGAGUUGUAUCAAACUCCUUGUAAGACAUCACUAAUCCGACGACGCGCACAACUACAACCUAAAUCGAGAGUCAAAUCGCAAGGCGAGAUAACUUCAGGUAUUAGUAACGAGCCAAAUAAUGAUUCAGCAGGCUCAGAGACACAGCAAAAUAGGACUCUCGAAGAAAGAGUCGCUUAUUUGGAAAGUCAGCUGUCGCAGUUCGCGCAAAGCCCGCCAAAGGAUGAUACACCGCCAGAUAAUGUUGUUUCGUGGUCCGGCAUCAUACCCAUGAAUAUGGAAUCGAGAUUGACUACUUCAACGCCCCGUUCCAAGCAUCGUUCGGAUAUAAAUCAAUCAUUGGACAGGCCCUCGCCAUUAGUUCUCCCACCUUUAGAUGAUAUCCUUCCAUUCGUUGAGCGCUACUUCGAGCACACCAACUCACUAAUCCCUCUAUUCGAUAAGAGUGAUUUCUAUAAACUUCUGGUGGAUUGGUACCACCCGUCUAGUAAUAUAAGCCAAGCUCAUAAUGCCGGUCAUCAUCAACUCAAAAAGAACUCGCGGCAAACGACAUUUGCCGCCAUAAACGUCGUCAUCGGUUUAUCUUUUCGCGUUCCUUCAAGUCCUUCGCAAGGCCUUGACCUCGGCGAAGAACGUCCUAUGGUCGAACAGUGCAGGCGUAAUGCUGAGCGCAUGGUUAUGGAUUUGAUGAACACUGCUGAAGACCUAGUCGUACUUCAGGUAUUACUAGGAUUAAUGAUGCUGUAUCUCGGUAGCCAAAACCCUCAUUCAGUGACUACUUUAGUCGGAUCGGCAGUUCAGCUCUGCCAUCGGCUUCGCUUACACUCAUCCGAAGAGAAUGCCGACUUCCAGCCUCCCGUGAGGAUAAAGAGAGAACGAUUAUUCUGGAUUACAUACAUCCUUGACAAGGAGGUCAGUAUAAGAUACCAUACUCCCCCACUCUUGUCAGAUGAUGAAGCAGAUGUGGAGUUGUCGAUGGAACAAGAAGGGAGUCGAGACACAUUUUCAGAUAUCAUCCAAGACUCUAUGCAGUUCAACUUCUUUUGCCAUCGCGUCCAUCUAGCCGGGACUCAGGCAUUGGUAUACCAGCAGCUUUAUUCGCGUUCUUCAGGCCCAUCCAAGAUACCAGCGGAGCAACGACGCUCACGGGUAUUACUACUUGACGCGCACCUCGAGAAUUGGCGAAAAAUAAUCCCUGACCAGCUCCAGAUGGAUAGCUUAGUCAAAACUCUGUUCCCGGAAGGAUUGAUGACGAAUGUAUCGCAGAAGAGCAUGGGCAUCUUCAUCCACAUGGUGCAAUUACAUUUCGCAUAUAUCGGCCUCCUGGUGAGGAUACAUGGCGUCUGGAGCAAUGACGCGGACUGGUUGAAGCUCAUCAAUAGUUUCAGCCAGCAGAUUGUCCGAGACUGCAGCAAGCGGUGUAGUAGAUGCGAUAUCCAACUAGGGCCCUUUCCGAAACAAUGGGAAAGGUGUGUAAAGGCGAGCAAGGAAUGUUUGAGAUUGGUGCAGGAGAUGCCUCUAGUUAUCAGUAGCAUGUGGGGCCUCGGGUGUGCUUACGUGUCGAGCCUCAUCAUCGUUCUAGCAAAUCAACUUCAAAGCAACGAUAUCGAGCAAUUGGAGGUGGACCAUGCUCUAACGAAGCACGGCCUUGUUAUAUUCGCUAAGAUCAAGGAGGCGUCUGGCUGGCAACCGCUGCACCUGCUCCACAGCGUGAUCAUAGGUCUUGACGAGCAGGCGACGCGAAUACUUACUACGAGGAGAACGCCGUCCGCAAACAUAGAAGAUUUCGAAAGCAUGGCGCCGGAUCUAUUAGUGAUGGAGAAUCUGCCGCCGAGCGAGUGGGAUUUUAUGAUGUACUGAGGAUCUUGGCCGAGUGUUGGAAAGAAAAAAAGGGGGGGCAGGGGUACGAGUGGCGAGUGCAUGUUUACGGCGCCUAGAGUUUUUUUUUUAAAAAAAAGGUCGUCGGCCAUAUAAUGCUUGGAACCUUCGAUUCAUCAACCGAAAAGAAAAAAACUUUGCUCGAGCAUUGUGUUCAUUGAAGCUCUUGUGGGCCAUGGAGCAUCUUACAAAUGCGAAAAAGGGGGUCAUGCCACAACUUAAAAAGCAAUAUACCUAUCGAAUCUGAUGAGACUCUCGAAAUUGUAAAAUUUCUGUAUGUACCUAUUCAUCGCCCAAAGAAGUUUUGCCGCCCAUAUCUGCUAGUACUCUGCACCCUACUCUUCAAAAGAAUUUAUCAGCCAU